GUUUGACAACUCUCCACUGUGAAAUAUCGAAUCAGUCUUGUUCGGUACGUCUAUUCUGUCGCAUCUUGUGCAUUACGGCGGUGUAACGGUGAAGUGUUGUAGCGCAGACGGUGUUUUUCCUCUUUCAUCUAAAGUUUUUUUUUGUGUGUGCGUCGGCAGUGAAUCGGAAGCGUGAACCUUGUUUUAGUAGGAUUAAUUAAGAUGGAUUGUCAUGUUUUCGGGUGGCAUAAUUAGAUUUGAAGUGAGGAAAAUGUGAGCAGCGAAUCGAUUGCGGUGGAAAAUGAAGCGCGACUGGCUUCUGUGACGUGGUGUAAGAAGCGCUACGGAAUGUUUGGAAUUUCGCUGGAGGAGGAGAUAUGGUGAUGAAGAAGAGCUGGGCUAGCCCCAGGAUGUUCCCGAUGUGAUGUGGAUCAGUGAGAUGUGGUAGAGCAGGUUUUAGGAGGGUGGAUCCCAGUGAAAUGAGCUAAGAGAAAGUCUCAAAUUGCCAAUAAUAGAACGACAGCUUCUAGUGCGACUGAAUGUAAAUAAUGUAAAUGUCAAAAUAUGACAUGAUUGGUUCUGCAGUGAUUCUCCGGAGCAGAGCGGACGUGUUUUUCGGUGCGAGUGCAUUGUUUGUUAUGAAGCCGCGACUGCUGCGUCUGCGAGCGGAAAUCAACGGGAUGUUAUUCUAACAGAUUUAUUGUUAAGAUGUUUACCUGCAACGGAAUGUAAACAAUGCCCAAGAUGAGAUCUACCUCCCAUUGAGGAAAGCAGUAGCGUGAAUGGGUGUAGAAAGAGGGAUGGAUUAAAAAUCGAUACUGGUGUGUUGUGUACUAAACAAAAAUACCACGGCCAAUAGAUGCGCGGUUGUUUUUCGGCGGAUGAGCUGAAUUAUUCAUGUGUGAAGGGGAAUAGUUUGAAGUUAGUGCAGUUUUCGUGGGCUGAGGAUAACCGGGGGAAAAAUGUUAUCUAGUGUCAAUACGCAUUCCGGAAGGCGGAUAAUCUCUACGUGAUAUCUGUGCUUGAGGCUAGCAGUGAAGUUGCUUCAUUAUGAUAUCAGAAUAAAUGUUUGUAUUGAAAAUAAAAAAAAGAAUACCGUAAAAGCAGUGAAACAGGUGAAUAAUAAGAGGAAGAUCGCUAGGAGAGUGCUUCGUGUUCAUUCAGCUGUAAAUACGCAUCGGAAUCACCGGAAAAUGCCCGGGUCGCCAUUUGUCCCAGUGCACCGAAACACAGAAAUAAAUUAUUCAAUGUAUAACAAUUAAUCUCCGGAGCUGCAGCAGUGCCCGUGAAUAUUUGAGCACCUACACAGAAAAGCCCCCGCCAAUUCCAUCAUCCAAAAUGCAAGCAAAAAAGCGCUACAUUCUGGUGAUAAUCUGCUGUGCGUUUCUCGCAUACUGCUACUUUGGCGGCUACCGGCUCAAAUGGCUCCAGAAACUGUUCGCCAUAAGCGUUCGAAAAAACCCCUCCAAGCUCCCGCCAUAUCAACAGUUGUACUAUCAAUUCUCAGACUUUCCAGAAUCACCCGUCCGAAGUUCACACCUCUCCUCGAUCCCCGAUGAUGACCUGUUUGCCCAUCCCGCCUUCGAGUCGAAAUACAUUGGUGACUCGCUCCCAUCCCACAGCCGGUCCUGUCGAAUGGAAACCUGUUUCGACUUCACCAAAUGCUCCGACCAGAACUUCCUAGUCUACGUCUAUCCACCGGAGCCUCUCAAUUCCCUGGGAGCUCCCCCGCCCAUCAGUCCAAACUAUCAGAAAAUAAUCUCAGCCAUCCAGGAGAGCCGGUACUACACGGUAGAUCCAGAGAAAGCCUGCCUAUUCGUGCUGGGCAUCGAUACUCUGGAUCGAGACUCGCUAAGCGAAGACUACGUACGGAACGUUCCGUCUCGGUUGCAGCGGCUUCCCUACUGGAACAAUGGCCGCAAUCAUAUCAUCUUCAAUCUGUACUCCGGAACGUGGCCGGACUACAACGAAAAUGGGCUCGGAUUCGAUUCGGGACAGGCCAUUCUGGCCAAGGCCAGCAUGAGCGUGCAAUCGCUGCGGCCGAAUUUCGACGUGAGCAUACCGUUGUUUCACAAGCAAUUUCCGCUGCGUGGUGGUAACACAGGAUUCGUUGCGAGCAACAACUUUCCGGCGAACAAGAAGUAUCUGCUGGCGUUCAAGGGGAAAAGAUACGUCCAUGGAAUUGGUUCCGAAACGAGGAAUUCGUUGUUUCAUCUGCACAACGCCCGGGAUCUGGUGCUGGUGACGACCUGCCGGCAUGGAAAAAGCUGGCGAGACCUCCAGGACGCCCGCUGCGACGAGGACAACCGGGAGUAUGACAGAUACGACUACGAGACUUUAUUACAAAAUUCAACAUUCUGCCUGGUGCCGAGAGGACGUCGUCUAGGAUCGUUUAGGUUCCUCGAGGCACUGCAGGCAGGCUGUAUACCGGUGCUACUGUCCAACUCGUGGGUGUUACCGUUCCAGUCGAAAAUCGACUGGCAGCAGGCAGCGAUCUGGGCCGAUGAAAGACUGUUAUUGCAGGUGCCGGACAUAGUACGUUCGAUCUCCACCAGCCGCAUCCUAGCUUUACGUCAACAAACUCAAGUGCUUUGGGAGCGUUAUUUUAGUUCCAUUGAGAAAAUAGUUUUUACUACGUUCGAGAUUAUAAGAGAGAGACUGCCAGACUACCCCCAUCGGAAUGGACUGAUAUGGAACCAGUCACCGGGCGCCCUGCUGACCGUUCCGACCUUCUCCGAUACGGCCCACCGGUUUCCGUUCCUGCUCGAGGGUGUUGGACUGCGGCCCGGAACGAACUACACAGCGGUCAUCUUCGUGCAGAUUGGCGCUCAGCUGACGCCCAGCAGCGCCCUGUACAAGCUAGUCAAAUCCAUCACCAAAAGCCAAUUUGUAGAUAAGAUUCUAAUACUGUGGGCCUGCGAUCGGCCAGCGCCUACGCGAAAACGGUGGCCCUCCACUGGGCACAUUUCACUGCACGUGAUAAGCGGUGGCCCAAACGAGGAGCGUCCCAGCAUAUCCCAAAGAUUUUUCCCCCACGAGCACAUCGAAACGGAUGCGGUCCUGUCGCUGGACGAGGAUGCCAUCCUCAACACCGACGAGCUGGACUUUGCCUACCAGGUGUGGCAGGACUUUCCGGAUCGCAUUGUAGGCUAUCCGGCGAGGGCGCACUUCUGGGACGAUUCCAAGAACGCCUGGGGCUACACGUCCAAGUGGACCAACUACUAUUCGAUCGUUCUGACGGGGGCAGCUUUCUACCAUCGGUACUACAACUAUCUCUACACCAACUGGCUGUCCUAUCUGCUGCUGAAAACGGUGCAGCAGUCCUCCAAUUGCGAGGACAUUCUGAUGAAUCUACUGGUGUCGCAUGUCACCCGGAAGCCACCAAUUAAAGUAACCCAGCGGAAGGGUUACAAGGAUCGGGAAAGCGGGAGAUCUCCCUGGAACGAUCCGGAUCAUUUCAUACAACGACAAAGUUGUCUCAACACAUUUGCGGCUGUGUUUGGCUACAUGCCACUGCUCCGUUCCAAUCUCCGUCUGGAUCCGGUCCUAUACCGGGACUCGGUGUCGAAUCUGAGGAAAAAGUACCGCCAGAUCGAACUGGUUGGCAGCUAGCGGUUCGUGUACGCCUACUAAAGCCAUUGAUCGCAUCGCAUCGGUUCGAACACCCAUAAGUAAAUGAAAGUAACUCACUGGAGAAGAAAAGUAGAUUUAUAAAAAAAAAAAUGCUAGGUGAGAUUGACGCACGUCAUUUCGGAUUUGUUUCAAUUCGGACAUACAAUCAAGGCAGAAGUCCUUAGGUUUUGAUAAUUUAGUUAUUAGUAAUUUUAUGAAUUGAACAAAACGAAAUCAACCAAUUCGGACGGAUAAGCAAUUUUAUUCGGAUUUGUAACAAUCGAACUGAGUAGCAACCGGUACAGUCGUAGUAAAGGCUUAAUCAAUUGAGAGUAAACACUGGAAAGCAUUGAAGCAAACACACAAAAGUAAUUGGUUGUUUUAAAUAAACAUGGCAGUUUGUACAUAGGCAUCGUUAGACAAAUGUAACAAACCCAUUGAUACACAGUUAGGCGCAUAACAUAAUUAUAUUAAACGGAAAGCGUUUUAUCCUAGUGCGAUAAGUAGGCGAAUUGUGACGAAGCAACAAAAUCUGUUGAGAUCGCUUGAAAUUACGGAUUGAUCUCGGUUGACGCAGAUCACAAGUUACUAAAUUGUACAUUUUUUUUACAAGAAGGUUAAGCAAAAUAUUGAAUGAGACGUUUUUUAUAACACACACACACAGUGGAAUGAUCUGAGAAAGAGAAGAUACUGUAGAUGAAGUCAUCAAUGUGACAGAAAGCUUACUCAAGACUUAAUUUGAAGAAGAAAAAAACCGACUGAUGAGCCUGCUGAGAGUUUGUGUUCGCAGUUCGAAUUCGAAGUGGAAGGUAAACUGCAAACCAAGAAGCGCUUGGAACUCAAACUAUCGAUCCAGGCUCUCAAAUACAGAACUAGCUUGUUGAUUUUGACAAGCAUAGAAUAAAAACACUUUCCAAAUGCAUUUCGAUAAGAGCCAUUUUUGUAAUCUUGAAGAUAAUUUCGUAGUAAAAGUUAUUUAAACACAUGUAAAUAUUGUACUCAUUUAGCAGCUUAAUCUUUGGUGCCGUUAUGAAAACCAAAAACUGUCUAUUAGUUUGAACGAAUGAUUGCUUUGUGUGAACGGGCUAUUUUUUUAUAUAUCAAAAGCAACUAACUGAAAGUUUGAUUAUAGGGUUGAAUGGAAAGAAACGAGGAAACAAAAUGGUGCCGUUUGAUACGAUUAGCGAGUAGGUUAUUAAAGAUUAUUAUGACAGUAAUUACGAACAAAGUGUAGUUAAACGAAAUGAAAUGUAAUACAAUAAUGUGAAGGGUGUGCGGAGCAG